AAACGCCGCUUGGCAGUGGCAGGCUUCCAGCCUCAGCGCCCUAUCUCAUUCUCCCUCCCGCCGCAACUUCGCGACUUUGAACUGUCGACGGCCUUUGACUCGGACCGGAUCGACAGACUGCCGCCAUGAAUAUCCUCGAGUGGGCUUUCGGCAAGCGCAUGACGCCGGCCGAGCGUCUGCGCAAGAACCAGCGUCUCCUCGACAAGGCUAUCCGGGAACUAGACCAGCAGCGGGUCAAGCUCGAGAAGCAGGAAAAGACGCUCAUCUCCCAGAUUCGCCAGAGCGCGCAAAAGGGGCAAAUGGGCGCUUGCAAGGUGCAGGCCAAGGAUUUGGUUCGCACCAGGAGGUAUAUCGAAAAAUUCUACGGGAUGCGAAGCCAGCUACAGAAGGUCUCCCUCCGCCUGCAGACAUACCGCACAAACGAGCAAAUGAUGCAAGCAAUGAAGGGCGCCACAAUGGCGCUUGGCAGCAUGAACCGCACCAUGAAUCUACCAUCCCUCCAGCGCAUUGCCAUGGAAUUCGAGCGCGAGAAUGACAUCAUGGAACAGCGGCAAGAGAUCAUGGACGAAGUCACCGACGACGCCCUGGACGUCGGUCUAGAGGAAGAGGGCGAUGAGGUGGUGGAACAGGUUCUGGAGGAAAUCGGCGUCGAUCUCCGCCAAGCCCUUGGCGAGACCCCUUUGGGGCUGCAGUCGAAUGCCGUCGCCGAGACCAAGAUUGCCCAGGCAGUCGGCGGCGGAGGCGGCGGCGGCGAUCCAGGAGACGAUGACCUCCAGGCGCGGCUUGACAGUCUCAGACGAUGAUUGGGAUGCUCGAGAGUUCAGGCGACAUGGGAUAUCUCCCCGACGACAAUCUUAAUUACCCCUUACGCGCUUUUUUGGGACCACCCAGCGCACGAUGUUUAUGAUAGCC